ACCGGGCGCUGCGCAGCAAGCAAGAGGCGGAUGUGAAGCUGGCACAGGCCGUGGCCACCGCUGCACGGGAGGCAAUGGUGCCAGCAGAGAAGAACUCCACGAAGACUGGCUGCACAUUGGACCAGCAGCCGCAGUUCCAGGUGGCCACAAGAGAUCCACCAGGCCCGGAGGUGGAGGUCAUCGUGGAGGACUCUGCUGAGAGCUGGGCGAACAUCGACAGCAGCGUA